GCAGUGGGCGGGCAGUCACGGACGUUGUCAGAGUUGAUGGUAAAGUUGUUGCGGAGCAGGCCACAGUGAGGCCUCGGCCUCAAUUAUCAGCACUGCCCGGAGAUGGCUUUGCAUCUGCUGUCACUCGGGAGACAUCCUGCCGGUCUGACCAGAGCGUUCCGGCUUGUGGCCAGGACGGGAAUAAGAACCAGCUCCGGGGGCUCUAUGCAGACAUUACUGUGCAGGAAUGUGACCCUAACAUCUUCUGGAGUAACUGGAUUCUUAAUAAGAAAACAUGAUAUUCAAAGUUCAGCUCAUCUCUGGAGGCUUACAGGUGGGAUCCAUUACUUCAGUAUCUCAACUGCAAGAAGAAAAGACAAUCAAAAUGAAGAUUCCAAUAAGCGAAACCAAAAAGAAAAUGAUGAUGAGGAAAAGAACAAGGAAUACCUCUUAUCAGUCUACCGAAUAUUUACUCUUUCUAUACUUGCUUUGGGUAUAUACUUUAUGACCACCUUAAACACCAUAUAUGUCUCCUGGAAUGAAUUUGUAAAUGAAAUGCUGGUCAAGGGUGAAGUGAAGAGAGUAGAGGUUGUACCCGAGAGCGAUUAUGUCCAGAUCUACCUGCAUGAAGAUGCUGUGGUGCUUGGGCGGCCGGCACGGACUCUGUUCUACAGAAUGAAAGUGGCCAACAUUGACAAGUUUGAGGAAAGGCUGCGUGCUGCAGAAGACUCACUGAAUAUUGCUGUGACUGAUCGCAUUCCUCUUUCUUACAAGCGCAGUGAUUUUUUUGGAAAUGCUGUAUAUACCAUUGCGUUCACGGCUCUCGCCAUUGGCCUUAUAAUCUACUUUUUCCGUCUAAUUGGGCUAACUGGCCGCCAAGGAGGCUUCAGUGCUUUUAAUCAGCUGAAGAUGGCUCGUUUUACCAUAGUAGAUGGGGCAUCAGGAAAAGGAAUCAGCUUUAAAGAUGUUGCUGGGAUGCAUGAGGCAAAGAUGGAAGUGAAGGAAUUUGUGGAUUACUUGAAGAACCCAGAACGCUACCUUCACCUUGGCGCUAAAGUACCUAAAGGGGCAUUACUUCUUGGACCUCCGGGAUGUGGAAAGACCCUGUUGGCAAAGGCUGUAGCUACAGAAGCUCAAGUGCCUUUCCUGGCAAUAGCUGGUUCAGAGUUUGUGGAAGUGAUUGGAGGUCUAGGAGCAGCACGUAUGCGUAGUCUCUUUAAGGAAGCCCGGAUCCGUGCUCCUUGCAUUGUUUACAUUGAUGAAAUUGAUGCAGUGGGCAAAAAGCGAUCUUCAAACAUGUCUACAUUUUCAAAUACUGAAGAGGAACAGACACUGAAUCAGCUGCUGGUGGAGAUGGAUGGUAUGGGCACUACUGAUCAUGUCAUUGUAUUGGCUUCUACCAAUAGAGCAGAUAUAUUGGACGGUGCUCUGAUGAGGCCUGGAAGACUGGAUAGACACAUUUUUAUUGAUCUACCUACGUUACAGGAGAGAAGGGAGAUCUUUGAACAACACCUGAAAAGCUUGAAACUGACACAGCCUGGAAGUUUCUAUUCUCUACGCCUGGCUGAGCUCACUCCAGGAUUCAGUGGAGCAGAUAUUGCUAACAUCUGUAAUGAGGCAGCUUUGCAUGCAGCACGGGAAGGCCUCCAGUCCAUUGACACCUUAAACUUUGAGUAUGCUGUGGAGAGGGUUAUUGCAGGUACCGUCAAGAAGAGUAAGAUUAUGUCAAAGGAGGAGAGGCGUGUAGUGGCAUAUCAUGAAUCUGGACACACUUUAGUAGGAUGGCUGCUUGAACACACAGACACUGUAAUAAAGGUCUCUAUUGCCCCUAGGACUAAUGCAGCUUUAGGAUUUGCUCAGAUUUUACCUAGAGACCAAUAUCUAUACACCAAGGAACAACUGAGUGAUAGGAUGUGCAUGGCACUAGGAGGCAGGGUGGCAGAGGCAAUAACCUUCAACAAAGUCACCACAGGAGCUCAGGAUGAUCUGAGGAAAGUGACCGGUGUAGCUUAUGAUAUGGUGAAACAAUAUGGAAUGGUACCGAGCAUUGGGCAAGUGUCCUUUCCUCACAGUGACUCCUCAAGUGGCAUUGGGAAGAGACCCUUUAGUCAAGGAUUGCAGGAAAUGAUGGAUUAUGAAGCUCAGCAGCUCGUGGCAACAUCUUACAAACACACAGAGAAGCUACUGCUGGAAAACAAGGACAAAUUGCAAAUGCUGGCCAAUGCCCUCUUGGAAAGGGAAGUGUUAAACUACAAUGAUAUUGAAGCACUUAUUGGCCCUCCUCCAUAUGGGCCAAAAAAAUUGAUCACCCCACAGAACUGGGUUGAAGCAGAGAGGGAUAAACAAGACACUGGAGAAGAUGAACCUCACAGACCACCACCUCGGAAUGAUGAUGAAGAGGAGCAUGAACCCAACAUGACACCUGCCUAAAAGACUGCUACAACCUCUUCUGGACUGGCAUCCAUGCUGCCUCUUACUAUCUUGAUGUCAUAGUCACCCGGCCUAUGCGUACCCAUUUUGUGCACAAUGAUAGUUACACUAUACAGUAAUUAUAGGGGUUGUCCAGGGAACACAAAAAUUUGCCCCAUGACUAGGAAUUGUGUAAAAAUAAUAAACCUCUUAUACUUUCCUCCUCUGGUCCCCUGCAGCUGAUGCAUCAACACUCCUGCAUUUUCAUUAGUCCUCUUUUCUUCCUGUAAUGUCCAAACCCUACAGGAACUGGCCUGCAGGACACUGUUGCAGCUACUGAUUUUCUUAGUGGGCCAUUUCCAGUGUGAGGUUGGCAUGUCACAGGAACCUGGAAAAAAGCGAAGACCAGCAGAGGACCGGGAGGGUUGAUGCAGCAGUUGUGGGGGACCAUCUUCUGAUAUAUAUACAUACACACACACAUAUAUUAAUCUUUGGGCAAAAACCUCACUUAAAAGUCUGUUUUAUAUUUAAGAAAGCAAACUUGAGUUGUACAUUUUUGUGAAUACAAAGACUGAAAAAUGAAUAAUAAAGUAGAAAUUUCUGAUUGAUUAAA